UACAGUUUACCUCUCCACUACAGCUUUUGGAGCUCUAGAGACGGGAAGCAUCUAAUUUGCCUUGUUUCUAGCGCAUUUGCAACUAACGACCCAAGUCCUUUGAGUCCCAACCAGUUAAUUCGUUGACGCUUGCGCUUUCUUGGGUUGCGGCAUACCGAUGCUAUCAAGUCGCCGAUAAGAUUUUCUUUUCUCGGUCAUCAUCUUUUCGGUAUCCUGCAUUUGUUGCUAUUGGAAACUCCAUCUUGACAAGCAAAGCAACCAGGCUAUCGCCGAGCUAGGGAGGGGUCAGUCUUUUUAUUUUUAUUUUUAUAUUUUUACAGUCACGUCAAGCAUCAUGUCCGACACGAAUCACGACGAGCGCGAUGUCGCCGGAGAGGACCCCCUGGUCAACGAGGAGGGUAAUGAUGAAGAAGAGAUUUCGGCAAUGAAGAAACGCGUCGCCGAGAUGGAGCAAGAGGCGGCUAAGCUCCGCGAGAUGCAUGCUGCACUAGAGGAGCGAGGACAAGAGGUCUCAGAGGACAGAUCCGACGUUGAUAGCCGAAGUAUCUUCGUCGGAAAUGUCGACUAUUCUGUCUCUCCUGAGGAGAUACAAGCUCAUUUCCAGAGCUGUGGUUCCAUUAACCGCGUCACUAUCCUACUGGACAAGUUUACUGGCCAACCCAAGGGUUACGCGUACGUCGAGUUUACUGAACCGAGCCUCGUCGCCCAAGCAUUAGUGCUAAAUGAUAGUGUCCUCAAAGGACGUAACAUAAAGGUUACUCCCAAGCGAACCAAUAUUCCGGGCCUUAGCCGUGGUCGUGGUGGCCGCGGCCGCGGCGGAUUCGGCGGUUCAGGACGAGGCUUUUAUGGCGGAAGAGGUGGAUUUACGCCGCGAGGGGGCUUCUACCGGGGUGGCUAUCGGGGUCGAGCACGAGGCAGCGGUUUUAACCCUUACUGAGGUCGGCUUGGCUCGUCUUCUCAAGUCUUCCAGCCUGGCCCCCGAGAGGCCUUGAAGAUCGCAUAAGCGGAGAGGGGAAAAAAAAAGUUGAUAAUUGUUGACGCAAGGGAACAUGGCUACCUACUUAUAGCCUUGGAUUCUAUAGGAAUUGACAGACGAAUGUCAACUGGGUAUGUGAAAUGCAUACAGGACUUUAUUAGAUCACCGACUUCGCAGGUAUGGCGCAACGUUACCAGGUAGCGUACUUCACUAUUCUUUUCUUCUGCCUCCAUGUCCAAAAUCAGGGAAGCGUUUCCAGGCGAGACUCAGCCGUAGAAAAAGGAUAAGAACGUGGAG